UAUGUCUGUCACAUUUUUUGAGGUUAUGUGAAUUUGGUUUUGUUUAUUUUUUACUUCUGUUAUGUUUAGAAUUCAAACAAUUCAUGCCCACCAAGAAAAGUUAAAUUAACCUCGAGUUGAAAACUUUACUACCUAGAACUGAAAAUACUAAGUCACUGAGAUCAUGAGCUUGGAUUACCCAAACAGCCUAAAGCCUGAAGAAGUUUUAAUAAAAGAAGAGCCUUUAACCGAUGAGUAUUUUGAAGAAGAACAUACUGAUCUAGAGAUUCUGAUAAAACAAGAGGAAGCUACUAUUGAAAUCAAACAAGAGAGCCUGGAAGACCUGAAUACCACAUCUACUAUUGAGCUGUUUCCAUGUCCAAAAGUAGGAUGUUUAUUGAGGUUCACGGACUCAUCUAAGCUAAAAACCCAUUUGGCAAAAGCACAUUCUUUUAUAAAACUUCACAUUUGUCCAGUAAAAGGAUGUAGUGCCCAGUUCAAAGGAAUAUCUCUACUGAAAGAACACAUUUCAGACUGUCAUAGUAUUGAGAAUGAUAAUGUAAAGAAUCCUGCAGAAAAAUCGGCUUUAUUAAAGUUUGAAUGUUCAAUUUGCUGUUCUAGUUUUAAACAAAUUGAAAGUUUGCAUAAUCAUCAAGAAAAGGUACACAAACAUAUUUCUAAUGUGAGUACUAAUUACCAGCUGGACAGUAAACCAUUUCAGUGUCCAAAAGUAGAAUGUUCAUUGAGUUUCACUGACCCAUCUAAGCUCAGAAACCAUUUAGCAACAUCACAUUCUUCUAAAAAGCUUUACCUUUGUCCAGUAAAUGGAUGUAACAUCCAAUUUAACGGAACCCCUGUACUGAAAGAACACAUUUCACACUGUCAUAGUAUCACGAAUGAUAAUGUAAAAAAUCCUGCAGAAAAAUCGGCUUCACUAAAGUUUAAAUGUUCAAUUUGCUGUUCUAAUUUUAAACAAAUCGAAAAUUUGCAUGAUCAUCAAGAAAAGGUACACAAACAUAACUCUAACAUGAGUACUAAUAACUCCCAACUGGACAGUAAACCACUUCAGUGUCCAAAAGUAGAAUGUUCACUGAGUUUCACCGACCCAUCUAAGCUCAGAAACCAUUUAGCAACAUCACAUUCUUCUAAAAAACUUCAUCCUUGUCCGGUAAAUGGAUGCAACAUGAAAUUUAACGGAACCCCUGUACUGAAAAAACACAUUUCACUCUGUCAUAGCUUCAAGGAUAAUAAAAAGGAGAAACAAGGAAACAUGAGAAAAAAUGUUUUCAAUUUGUGUGCGAGUGUGGCCAGGAGAUUACUCGGUGGGAACAUUAUUGUGGCCAUAAAAAGCUCCUUAAGUGUAAACCGAUUGUUAAAGAAGAUCUACUUAAAAGGAUGUAUUCAGUAUAUGCGAGAAGGAAGUUGCCUAAUGUAGAGUCAUAUGAGGCAAGUUAAAAUAACAAAAUAAUUUGAGACUUUAAUUGAAUGUUAUCAAAAGAACACAAAUUAGAUAGGAGUGAAGUGUUAACCACAUUAGUUUUUAUAGCAGAAGGAAUUGUACAAUGUGUUGUUUAAAUAUAGUUUUUCUAGGAAAAAA